AUGAACAGAGCGUUGCCGGAGAUGCUGAACUGUAUGAACGCCCCGGGCACCUUCCUCGCCGGGAACAGUACGGACAUGACUGUGCUCGAGCGGCAGAGGGCUCGGAUGAAGUGGCACCAGCACGAGCAUAAUGAUCCAAUUCAGCUGCAUCAGCAGCAGCAAGGGUACAAUUUUAGCGGGAACGAGCUUAGCGGAGUAUUCCCUGUUCCGAUUCCGGCGGGUCAGGCUCAGGGCUUCAUGGGUUUGGUGUGCGGUGACUCGGAGGUGAAACCCGACCCGUGUUCGGAAAACAGAUGGGCUGAAUUGGGUUAUGAGUCUUGUGGGUUGGUCGUGAACAAUAAUGGCGCAGCAGGGUUUGAGGAGAUGAUUAAUGGUCACAAUAAUAAUGGUAAUAUUUCCAGGACUUUUAGCUGCCCACCUACUGUGGCCGCUGAGAAAAAGUCCAACGACGCCGUUUUGUCUCAGAAGAUUAGCUCGCCUGCCGGGAAGGAAAGCUUUAAGAAGAGGAAGGCUGAUAAGGUGCAGAGCAAUAAGGCUGUAGCUGCAGAAGAUGAUAGCACGGAGAAAAGAAUGAAAGGGUGUGCAGAGGAGGGAGACUCCAAGAUCACAGAGCAAACCAGCAACAAGAACAACACAAACAACGACAGAGAAUCUUCUGGUGAUACUUCAAAAGACAAUUCAAAAGCUUCCGAGGUUCAAAAGCCUGAUUACAUUCAUGUCCGGGCACGGCGAGGUCAGGCCACUGAUAGCCACAGCUUGGCUGAGAGGGUGAGGAGGGAAAAAAUCAGUGAAAGAAUGAAGUAUCUGCAAGAUUUAGUACCAGGGUGCAACAAGAUCACUGGCAAGGCGGGCAUGCUCGACGAAAUCAUCAAUUAUGUUCAAUCUCUUCAACGACAAGUAGAGAUGUUUCCUGCGUGCGCGGCCAAUUUUCAGACUAUUGGGAUGACAUCAGAAAUGACCAAUUCUGCAUAUGUGCAGUUUAAUCCAGUACAGCAAAUGGUUUCAUCUUCUGGCUUGGAUAUGGGGAUAAAUUCCUCCGAUUUGGCGCUUCGAAGAACCAUCAGUGCUCCUGUAUCGAUCCCCGAAACAUUUCUCGACACAUCCUGCUUCACUCAAGCCCCUCCUACUGCAAUUUGGGAUGCUGAUUUACAAAACCUUUUCAAUGUGGAAUUCCAACAAGAAGAACAACACCCUUUCAAUCGCAACCAUUUACAGGGUCUAUUGAAGCUAGCAAUUUAA